AUGCUGAAUGAAGCAUAUAACGACACCGUUUUAGACAGUGUUCCAAACCCUUUUUACUUCCUUUACACGCAGAAAAAAAUUCUUAUAAUCUCAUCAAUAGCGAAUACUCAAAGGAUCAUUGCAGUUUUCAUUCUCCUAAUACCUGAUUCAGAUUCACCUAUGGCGACCGAAACAAAGGCUGUUACCGAGGAUGUUAAGAUCGAUCUCUUCGAAGACGAUGAUGAGUUCGAAGAGUUCGAAAUCAAUGAAGAGUGGGAUGACAAGGAGGAAGGUAAAGAAAUAGCUCAACAGUGGGAAGAUGAUUGGGAUGAUGACGAUGUUAGUGAUGAUUUCUCUCUUCAGUUGAGAAGGGAGCUGGAGAGCACUACUGAGAAGAAUUAA